UUCCAUUCCAACCUUAGUAAACCAUGUUCUUAUGGACCUUUGUGCACAGGGGCACUGUUGUGCUGGAUCGGAUUUGGACCCCUUAGUUCCAGUGAAAAGAAAUCAUAAUGUUACAGCUUGCAAAGACAUUCUAGACAAUUGUGUGCCUCCAACUUUGUGGCAACAGUUUUGGGAAGAACCACAUAUAGGUGUGAUAGUCAGAUGCCCACAUACUUUUGGCCAGAUAUUAUCAACCUGCUUGCCUUAUUCAUCCAUAUGACUUGGAAUCAGGAAACAAGAGAAUACAGAAAAGACUGAAAUCCAAACUGGUCUGGCAAGUAAAAAAACAUGACUCUCUAAUGAUAAGGCAUCUGUAUGGUUGGCUUUCAGCUAUAAAAACCUCAAAAGCUAAGAGGUUUCUGGCAAACGUGCUCAUGUUUACUGAGAUAAAUGUGGGCUGGCUAGAGCCAAGAAAAACUGAAGUGAUACCAGCUGAAGUUCAUCAAGAGCAUCAUGGCUAAUAAAGGGAAAACAGAAUAUUUCCUGCUUUUUGUUGUUAUUCUGCUCAUUUAUAUGCAAGGAAUAACUCAUAAGAAUAUGAUGACUGCUGCAAUAUCCACAAUCAACACAACUGCUGCAACCCCAACCAACGGAACUACAGCCAACACAACAACUGCUCCAACCCCAACCAGCAGAAUUACAGUCAACACAACAACUGCUCCAGCCCCAACCAACGGAACUACAGUCAACACAACAACUGCUGCAACCCCAACCAACGGAACUACAGCCAACACAACAACUGCUGCAACACCAACCAACGGAACUACAGCCAACACAACAACUGCUGCAACACCAACCAACGGAACUACAGCCAACACAACAACUGCUGCAACACCAACCAACGGAACUACAGCCAACACAACAACUGCUGCAACCCCAACCAACGGAACUACAGCCAACACAACAACUGCUGCAACCCCAACCAACGGAACUACAGCCAACACAACUGUUGCAACCUCACCCACUAUAACCACAGGCAUUCAUAUAUUAAACUUCUCAUUGGAAAUAAAUGAAGAAUUUGACUUUGCACUCACCAGCCAAAGUAGUAGCAAGUGGAAAACAUAUGAAAAUAAAAUUAAGCUUUCAAUUGAUAAAAGUUACAGAAAUGUACCUACCUACCUGAACAACUCUGCAACAGUGACUGGCUUCAGGUCUGGCAGUGUGAUUGCAGACUUCAGUAUUAAGGCAACAAUUCCUAACCCUGAUUUGGUAUCAGCAAAUGAACAACUUGUUAAAAUUCUCCGUUCAGAGGAAUUUAAUGUGAACAAUGAUGCAAUCAGUGGAAGUGUGAAAGCUGCACUGUAUAACAGCAGUGGCAAUAUAUAUCCUGGAACAAAUCUCAAUCUGACCUGCAACCUUUUACCAAAUAAUGGCAUAAAAUGGACCCUGAAUGGGAAUGAACUACUCCUAUCGGAUAAGUAUAAAAUAAAUAACACUGAACUCACUGUGAACAGUGUUACUCCCAGUGACAGUGGUCAGUAUGCAUGCAAAACAACAGUAAACUCUCUGCGCUAUGUUAACUGGCAACUCAUUACAAUUCAGCCUUACCCCAAUAUCCAAGUGACCAGUAACAAUACUGUAAAAUGUGAGGAUACAGCAAUCACACUGCAGUGUUGUGUUCAGGAGAUUUAUCAAGUGACAUGGACUGUUGACCCUGAAGCUUGCAUCCAACCUUCAACAGUCUCUUCAUCAGGCUGCUUAUUAUGUAACUAUGCAAUUAACAAAGAAGGCUGUCAGAAUGGCCAAGUAAUACAGUUCACAUGUCAACUAACAAAACCCAUCAGUGGAAAUAGUUACGCAAAGAGCAUCAGAAUAGAUGUACAGAACAAAACAUUUACCUGCUCUGAUAGUGUAUUUGGAGCUGGAAAUCUGGGAGAAGUACGCACUGUUGUCUGUAACGGAGACAAGGUUGGCUCUCAAAAGGCUUUGUGUAAUUCAUCACACCUCUGGGAACGUAUAGAAGACAAGUGUGUUCUGCGCGUCUUUCAAGGUUUAAAAGAUGAAGCUGAGAAAUUACAGGUCCCAGGCAUCCCCCAGUAUAUGGCCAGCCUUAGCAGUAAUGCUACAUUAGAGGCUCAAAACAUCAUUGACUCUCCAGCAACCAUAACAACAAUUGUAGAUAUACUGACAAUUGUUUCAAAUCUCUCACAAACAAUUUUCAUCAAUCAAACCAUUAUGACGGAUUUCCUACAAACAGUUGACGUCGUUGGAUCAGUAGGUGCACGGGACACAUGGGUGUUUUUAAAUGAAAACAAUGCAACCACGAAUGCCAGUUCUGAACUUCUAAACUUGACUGAAAAUUUUGGACACAGACUCCCGGAUGAAAACUUCAACAUAACAACAAACUCUUCCUCUCUCAAUAAAGCUAACAUUACUGCACCCUUUUCUGGAGAAUUUGGUAUAAAUUUAACUACCCAAGUAAGUUUUCCUGAGAUUAUAGCACCGACUUUCAUCACCAUCAUAAUUUCUUCAGCUUUCGACAAUAUCUUACCUGUUCGAAAUCUGACCUACAAUGACAGCAGUCAAACUGGCACAAGGAUCAAUGGAGAUGUAGUCCUGAUUGAGACAAACUCAACAAUUAACAACAUCUCCCUUUCUUUUGAUAUCAAAAAUAAGGCACUUGUAAACCCUCAGUGUGUCUUUUGGAACUUUAGUCUUCUGAAUGGUGUUGGUGGAUGGGACUCAACUGGAUGUCAAUUAAAGACAUUAGGGAAUGAAACUGAAAGAUUUACAUGUGAGUGCAAUCACACAACCUCUUUUUCAAUCCUGAUGUCACCAUUUUCCCUGGAUAAAGCUUUAAUCUUAGACUAUAUAACUUACAUUGGUGUUGGCAUUUCCAUGGCCAGCUUGGUUUUGUGCCUCAUCAUUGAAAUCAUUAUAUGGAAAUCAGUGGCAAGAAAUGACACAUCCUACAUGCGCCAUGUCUCUGUAGUCAACAUUGCUGUCUCCCUUCUGAUUGCGGACAUAUGCUUCAUCAUUGGAGCAGCUGUUACCCAAGGAGAGGGUCCCUGCAGUACAGCAACAUUCUUCAUGCACUUCUUUUAUCUUGCCCUUUUCUUCUGGAUGUUGCUGUCAGCACUCUUGCUCCUCUACCGCACCAUCAUGGUCUUUUCCAGAAUGACCAGAGGAGCAAUGAUGGCUAUAGCCUUCACUGUUGGCUAUGGAGCCCCGCUAAUCAUAGCUGUCAUUACUGUGGCAUCUACAGCUGGAAGAAAAGGAUACAUUCAAAAAGAUUAUAAUUGCUGGCUAAACUGGAAUGAAACGAAGGCCCUCCUGGCAUUUGUGAUUCCUGCUCUGACUAUUGUAGCUAUAAACCUCCUGGUGCUUAUUGUGGUUCUGUGUAAGAUGAUGAGGAGAGGAGUUAAUGCUUCCACUCAGCCAGAUGACAAACAUCCCCUACUGGUCAUUGCUAGAUGUGUAGGGAUUUUAACACCUCUCUUUGGUCUAACGUGGGGAUUCGGCAUUGGGACCAUGGUGUCUCCGAACUUUGGGAUUCAUGUGGUGUUCGCAUUCCUUAAUUCACUGCAGGGUUUCUUUAUUUUGCUGUUCGGGACAUUACUGGAUAGUAAGGUCAGAGAAGCAUUGGCAGGAAAGUUUUCACUGAGUAACUUAAGCUCUAACCGCACCAGGAGCACAAGUGCAGGACCAUCAUCCUCAAGUGGAUUUCCUUUCAUUCAGAGGUUACGGCGGAGAAAUGUGUACAAUGUAUCGAAUGGCCAAGUUAGGUCUUCAAGCAACUCAAAUGAAGCUGCUGACAGUUAAGCAGCUGCACCUGAAACACAACUAUAAGAGUCUGUUUGACCACAAACAUUAUACUGUAUAUCUACAUACAAAAUAAGAAAGGCAUUUCUUAGCUGGUUGUUGUUUACAAAGAAGAAAGCAGAUUAAUUAAAAAAAAAGAAAAGAAAAUUAACCAAUAAAAAUUAUAUAUA